AUGACCCCCUCGGCCUGGGCCAUCUGCUGCCUUUUGGGGGGCUUCCUGCUCCGCGGGAGCAGUCCCAGUUCCGGCCCCGGCCCCAGCGUGCCCCGCCUGCGGCUCUCCUACCGAGACCUCCUGUCUGCCAACCGCUCUGCCAUCUUUCUGGGACCCCGGGGCUCCCUGGACCUUCAGGCUAUGUACCUGGAUGAAUACCGAGACCGCCUCUUUUUGGGGGGUCGCGAUGCCAUCUACUCUCUGCAGCUGGACCAGGCAUGGGUAGACCCCAGGGAGGUCCUGUGGCCGCCGCAGCCAGGACAGAGGGAGGAGUGCAUUCGGAAGGGAAGAGAUCCUUUGAUGGAAUGUGCCAACUUUGUGCGGGUGCUGCAACCUCACAACCGAACCCACCUGCUGGCAUGUGGCACUGGGGCCUUCCAUCCCACCUGCACCCUCAUUGCGGUUGGACAUCGUGGGGAGCAUGUGCUCCACCUGGAGCCCCGCAGUGUUGAAAGUGGGCGGGGGCGGUGCCCUCAUGAGCCCAGCCGUCCUUUCGCCAGCACCUAUGUAGGUGGAGAGCUGUAUACCGGCCUCACUGCUGACUUCCUGGGGCGCGAGGCCAUGAUCUUCCGGAGCGGGGGUCUCCGGCCGGCCUUGCGUUCUGCCUCUGACCAGAGCCUCCUGCACGACCCCCGGUUUGUGAUGGCUGCCCGGAUUGCUGACAACUCUGACCAGAAUGAUGACAAGGUGUACUUCUUCUUCUCGGAGACUGUCCCCUCACCAGAUGGUGGCCCAGGCCAUGUCACUGUCAGCCGCGUGGGCCGUGUCUGCGUGAAUGACGCUGGCGGCCAGAGGGUGCUGGUGAACAAAUGGAGCACUUUUCUCAAGGCCAGGCUGGUCUGCUCGGUACCUGGCCCGGGUGGGGCUGAGACCCACUUUGACCAGCUGGAGGACGUGUUCCUGCUGUGGCCCAAGGCAGGGAAGAACCUCGAGGUGUACGCGCUUUUCAGCACGGUCAGUGCUGUGUUCCAGGGCUUUGCAGUCUGUUUGUAUCACAUGGAGGACAUCUGGGAGGUCUUCAAGGGGCCCUUUGCCCACCAAGAUGGUCCCCAGCACCAGUGGGGGCCCUAUGGGGGCAAGGUGCCCUUUCCCCGCCCGGGCGUGUGCCCCAGCAAGAUGACUGCGCAGCCUGGACGACCCUUCGGCAGCACCAAGGACUACCCGGAUGAGGUGCUGCAGUUUGCCCGAGCCCACCCACUCAUGUUUCGGCCUGUGCGGCCUCGACAGGGCCGCCCUGUCCUCGUCAAAACCCACAUGGCCCAGCAGCUGCGCCAGAUCGUGGUGGACCGCGUGGAGGCAGAGGACGGGACCUAUGAUGUCAUCUUCCUGGGGACUGACUCAGGUUCAGUGCUCAAGGUCAUGGCCCUCCAGUCUGGGGACUCGGCUGAGCCUGAGGAGGUGGUUCUGGAGGAGCUCCAGGUGUUUAAGGUGCCAACAGCCAUCACUGAGAUGGAGAUCUCUGUCAAAAGGCAAAUGCUGUACGUGGGCUCGAGGCUGGGCGUGGCCCGGCUGCAGCUGCACCGGUGUGAGACUUACGGCAGUGCCUGUGCAGAGUGCUGCCUGGCCCGGGACCCAUACUGUGCCUGGGACGGCGCUUCCUGUACCCGCUACCGGCCUGGCACCAGCAAGCGCCGGUUCCGCCGGCAGGACAUCCGUCAUGGCAACCCUGCCCUGCAGUGCCUGGGCCAGAGCCAGGAAGAGGAGGCUGCAGGAAUUGUGGGGACCACUAUAGUCUAUGGCACAGAGCACAACAGCACCUUCCUGGAGUGUCUGCCCAAGUCUCCCCAGGCAACCGUGCGCUGGUUCCUGCAGAGGCCGGGGGACCAGGGGCCUGACCAGGUGAAGACAGAUGAACGAAUCCUGCAAACGGAGCAGGGGCUGCUGUUUCGCAGGCUCAGCCGCCUCGAUGAGGGCACCUACACCUGCACUACGCUGGAGCACGGCUUCUCCCAGACUGUGGCCCGCCUGGCUCUGGAGGUGAUUGUGGCCGCACAGCUCAAGAGCCUGCUCCACAGGGAGCAGAGGCCAGAGGAGCCCCCUGCCCGGGGAAGCCUGGCCUCCACUUCGCCCAAGGCCUGGUACAAGGACAUCCUGCAGCUCAUCGGCUUUGCCAACUUGCCCCGGGUGGAUGAGUACUGUGAACGCAUGUGGUGCUCCUCUCGGAGCCGGGGCAAACAGGCCAAGGGCAAGAGCUGGGCAGGGCUGGAGCUGGGCAAGAAGGUGAAAAACCAGGUGCAGGCGGAGCGAAAUCGGACACCCCGGGAGGUGGAGGCCACAUAGUAGGCAAAGGAGGGGGUGGUUGGGAUGGGCCCAGUAUCAGCUCCUAGUGUCUCCCACCCACCCAAUUAGGGCAGAGGGGGCCAGCAGGCUUGAUCACCCCUUAGAGAUGGGAGUCUCUGCCCCUACACCCCUACGAGG